GAAUUUAUUGUUUGUUUGAAUGUGUGGUUCGCUGUCAUGCAACGCUGGUGCCUCCUCGUUGAUCACAAAAACAGGCCUGCUGGAGAGCCGAUCCAGGUUGGGGUAUCCUCCGAGACCAAUGUCGCCAAUUUGAAGAAGAUGGUCAAGGAUGAGAUGUCGCCCCUUCUUGCCGACGCUGCUGCAGCCGAGCUCAAAGUGUGGAGAUGCACUGAUUCGACAAUCAAUUUCCUCGACGUAAGCAGUGAAGUGUUGGAGGAGCGAGUCAGAAUGGCGUUCGUAGACAACAAGGUCCAACUCCUUCACGUGGGGCAGACUGUAGCGACUCUGAUCUCGGAUAACGAGGUGUUUCUCGUGGGGGGGCCGGUGAACCGAGCUCCCGAUCCCACGCAACUUCUCUCGCUCAACUGUCUCGUUCUCAAAGUUGAUGGGGAGCCGAAUCAGAUCUUCACGGUCAAGAUUCUGAAGACCGAAAACGUCAGCACCCUCAAACGCUUGAUCAAGGAGGAACAGUCCCCUCGUCUCAAUCACGUUGUUGCCUCAGAGCUUAUCCUCAGCCAGGUCUGCCGACGCGUAGAUGAUGACCCCCAUGAAAGUCUCAAAGAUGUCGAUCUCACACCAUUGAAGCCGCUCCUACCGCUCUCGCAAGUGUUCCCUCGUGUGGAAGGGGAUCACCUGCACAUCGUUGUUCAAGCACCAACUGAUGGUGAGCCUAUUUCGGUCUUCCUCCACGUCAAUCUCAUUGAUUUUGUUCAGAGGGCUUGAGUACUAAAGAUGCAGGAGGAGAGGAGAGGAGAGAUCAGCUCAAGUGUCGUCCUCUUACGCCAGAGUACAUGCUUACCCACGAGCCGUGGUCCGGUCCUUGGCUUCCACCUGAAUACAUCCUCAGCAAUCCUCCUCUUAUGUUUUUUGGUAUUGGUCUCCAGUUUACUGCCACAGACAUGCUUCCUCUUGCCCAGGCUCUCGGGGUACCCACCACC